CCGGGGACGGCGCCACGCGGGGGCCGAGCAGGACGCGGCGGCGGGACGCUCCGGGGAGGCCCGGGCAGCUGAUGGUUUUGACGAAGUAUCUUAAGGUUGCCGGCCCACCCCCUCUUCUCCUGCUACCUCUUGUCCUCCGCCCCCCUCCCCAUCACCACCACCCUGGCUUCCCUCCCUCAUGACCGCCUGGAUCCUCCUUCCUGUCAGCCUGUCAGCGUUCUCCAUCACUGGCCUAUGGACUGUGUAUGCCAUGGCCGUGAUGAACCACCACGUGUGCCCCGUGGAGAACUGGUCUUACAACGAAUCCUGCUCUCCUGACCCCACGAAGCAAGGGGGCCCCAAGACCUGCUGCACCCUGGAUGACAUCCCCCUCAUCAGCAAGUGUGGCUCGUACCCCCCCGAGAGCUGCCUCUUCAGCCUCAUUGGCAACCUGGGUGCUUUCAUGGUGGCCCUGAUCUGCCUCCUGCGCUAUGGGCAGCUCCUGGAGCAGAGCCGUCAUUCCUGGGUCAACACCACGACGCUCAUCACAGGCUGCACCAAUGCUGCGGGUCUGGUGGUGGUGGGAAACUUCCAGGUGGACCACGCUAAGUCUCUGCACUAUGUCGGAACCGGUGUGGCCUUCACUGCCGGCCUGCUCUUCGUUUGCCUGCACUGUGCCCUCUCCUACCACGGGGCCACGGCCCCCCAGGACCUGGCUGUGGCCUACCUGCGGAUUGUGCUGGCAACCAUCGCCUUUGUCACUCUGAUCCUCAGUGGGGUCUUCUUCAUCCAUGAGAGCUCUCAGCUGCAGCAUGGGGCAGCCCUGUGUGAGUGGGUGUUUGUCAUUGACAUUCUCAUCUUCUACGGCACCUUCAGCUACGAGUUUGGGGCAGUCUCCUCGGACACACUGGUGGCCGCGCUGCAGCCCACCCCCGGCCGGGCCUGCAAGUCCUCCGGGAGCAGCAGCACCUCCACCCACCUCAACUGUAGCCCUGAGAGCGUCGCCAUGAUCUGAGGUCUGGGGAGGGUGGCUGGCCCUGCCUCCGCAGCUCCCCACAUCUCCUUUGCAUUUCUUUUGUACCAAAAAAACCCAAUUUUGCGAAAAGUAUUCUGUUGGGACACAGGCUGCCUCGCUCCUGGAGGAGGGGCCGUCCCACACCUGUGCCAUAGAGGAGCGGGCCUCUUGGCAGGCUGCCCAAGCCACACAGCCCACUCCCCACACUGCAGUGUUAUCUUUGUUUUAAAGGUCACAUGUCAUUCACCCAGCCACCCCUUCAGGUGCCUUCUACUCCCUCAGUGCCAAGGCUGGACCACUGGGGUUUCCUGCUGCAGGAAUUGGGGGCUGGGAACAGCGAGAGGGCUACCAGUCUCGGGGGUGGGGGUGAGCACUCCUUAGUCUAUGGGAAGGCCCCCUAUGGGCCCACUGAACUGCACUGGGAUUCUUCACUCUGCCCCUUUCUUUAGGGCAAAUAACACAGCAGA